AUGUCGUUCAUCAGUCCUAUCAGCUUGAAAGGACCUGCGGAGUUUGCCCACGGAUGGAUGCUCAUCGGGUGCGCCGUCAACAUCCUCCUCCUGGGCGUGUCGAUUGCCCAGGUGUAUAUGUAUUAUGUAAAAUAUAAAGAAGACCGAACAUGGAUUAAAUUAUUGGUUGCUGGAGUCUUAUUCCUCAAUAUCAUCAACACUGUACUUCUAUUCACCUACAUUUACCGCUCCCUGGUCACAUUUUUCGGCGAUAACGCAGCGCUUGGUAUCGGUGACUGGAUUCUUGCCACAGGUGCUUGGACAACGGGAGUGAUAGCUUGCUCGGUUCAAUUAUUCUUCGCCUGGCGCAUCCUCGUCUUGACAAAGAACUGGGUUUUUGUUAUCGUUAUCGGAUGCCUCGCUAUUGCUGGUGGCUCUGCUGGUAUUGCUACCGCUGCACAAACAGGAAAGGCUCUUCCUUUCUCAGAAUUUCUCAACUUCAAGACCACCGUGAUCAUCUGGCUCGCUGCCGAAGUCGCGAGUGACGUCCUUAUUACGACCGUCCUUGUGUGGUAUCUGCUUACGGUGUCAUGUAGUCACAAGCAUAAGACCGGUUUCAAGCGUUCGGAUAUGAUGGUCGAUCGCAUCAUCAGAGUAACGCUCCAAACUGGUCUCUUGACCAUGGUAAUCGCCACCCUUGACAUAAUUUUCUUCCUCGUCGAUCCCUCUGGAACCCACUUUCUGUUCAACUUCCCACUAGCAAAACUCUACACCAAUUCCCUCAUGAGCAGCCUUAACUCGCGCCGUGGAUGGAGGUUCAAUGGCACGAGUUCUGGAAGCGCUUCUGAGAGCCAAGGGAAUACCACGAGUGGUGGUGUUCAACGGCACCGUCACAUUUCGGCCGUCAAAAAGCCGACCGAGAUGAUUGACCACGAUACCUCGCGCGCCCACCCCGAAGUCUUCGUGCACGUCGAGUCGCAUGAGAUGCGGGACGUCCAAGCGCGUGAGAGUUUCGACACGAAGCCGCGAACACUUCGCUUAGACGGUUCAAUGGACGCCGAGAAAUGGGGCGCUACGGACAAGAGCAGGUGGGCUCGCUAG